UAUAACGUCUGGAUUGUUCUCGAUUAUUUCAUUUUAAUAGUAACAAGGACGUUAUAAAAAGGUAUUUAAAAUGCAGUAAACAACAUUAAAAAACAAAUUCGGAUUUACCUCAAUGACAUGAAACAGCGAUCCAACAUAAUUAGAAUGAUAAUUGACAGUCAACUUUUCGUCUUUCUUAUUGUGAUUAGUACUGGAUUAGGAAAUGCAUCAUGCCCGUCGAGUUGUUCCUGUUCUAUCCAUUCAUCGGGCACUUACGUUAACUGUGAGUCCAAAUCUUUGGGAAAUAUACCCGAACUUUCUGACGAUACGUACUACUUAACUCUCAAUUACAACAACAUAACAGAAAUUGCUGUUCAUUUUUGUAAAGUAGUGCCGUUGUUGCAACAUCUCCACGUCUACGGCAAUCAGAUUUCUGAAAUCAAGGAGAACACAUUUGAUGAUUGUGACCAGCUUAAAAUCCUAGAUCUCGGCAAUAACCUUAUUGAAUCUAUACAACCGACAACAUUUAGGAAUUUGACUUCCCUAAACUCAUUAUAUUUGUAUAGCAAUGAAAUAUCUACAAUAGAACCGUUCACCUUUGUGAAUCUUCCAAGUCUUCAAAUUUUAUAUCUAUAUAACAACAAGAUACGGUCAUUAGAAAGUAAUACGUUUAUCAACAUGACAAACUUGCUUCAACUACUGCUGCACAAAAAUGAAAUAUCGACAAUAUCAUCAUUCACUUGUAUGAAUCUUCCAAGUCUUCAAUAUUUAUAUCUGUACAACAACGAAAUAUCUACACUAGAACAUUUCACUUUUGUGAAUCUUCCAAGUCUUCAAUAUUUACAUCUAUAUAGCAACAAGAUACGGACAUUACAAAAAAAUACGUUUAUCAACAUGAAAAACUUGUAUGAUCUAAAGCUGCAAAACAAUGAAAUAUCAACAAUAAAAUCAUUCACUUUUAUGAAUCUUCCAAGUCUUCAACAUUUACAGCUGCAUUACAAUGAAAUAUCUACGAUAGAAUCAUUCUCUUUUACAAACCUUCCAAGUCUUCGAUAUUUAUAUCUUUUUAACAACAAGAUACGGUUAUUGCGGAGUCAUACUUUCAUCAAUAUGACAAAUUUGAAUUACAUAGACUUGAGUGGAAACAAUAUCACCCAUAUUGAAGACCACGCUUUUGUGAACUUGACGUCUUUGUCUUUGUUGCACCUCACAGAUAAUCCACUCAAUUGUGAUUGCAGUAUUUUCUCAUUCUGGUUAUGGUUAAUUGAAAGAGCAUCCAUAGGAACAAGUGCUAAAUGUAGCAACGGAACAUUGGUUACAUCACUACAGUCAGCUGCGCUAGAAACAUGUAAUCCUGAUAACUGCAAAUGCUUCAAUGGUGGGAAAUGUGUUGCAAUGGGCAAUGAACUUGUAUGUGACUGCAUUGGACAAUGGACCGGUGAAUUUUGUCAAGAAAGUCAGUGUAUCACAUAUGAGUGUGGAUUUGGUGACUGCUAUAUAGAGCCUGUGAAUGGUACAGCUCAGUGUUUGUGUGGCGAAAGAUAUGUUAACUAUUGUCCUGGUACGUUGUGUUAUGUUUAAUUGCAAAGUAAAUUAAAUCUUGUUUUAAAAAAAACAAACAAUAUAUUGUUCAAAUUUAGAAGGUAUACAUAUAUUUGUUUUCCUGCAGAUCAUCAGUUUAAUCAGUUAAUAGAAGAUUGAAGUAACAUUGAUUGAUUUCACAUUACACAUUCAUAUAUUGCAAACAAUGUACAAAGUAACAGUUUUAUGUAGACAAAAUACGCUAAGAAAAACCUGAUGUAAACGUUUAUAAAUAUCACCCGGUAGAACGUACAUAUCCAAGAAGUUAUGACGAUAUAUACAACCCAGUUUUGCAUGUUUAUAAAUAUUUGAAUUGUAUCACGAGUGAAUUAUGCAUGUUGUCAGUACAGGGUAUUUUAAUGAUCGCUUGUAUUCAUAUGUUUAAUAUACAUGUAUGUGCUUUAAAAUUCACCGAAUCCUAUAUUUCUCAACGUUUCAUCGCAUAUUAACAGCACCAGCUUUGUGUGUACGAUUAUCCUGUUGUAUGUUUGUAGGAAUAAGUAGUAUUAUUUUUUUUUAUCAAUUAUUUAUGAAUAUUAGUAUGAGAAUUUUUUUUUAGAAAAUUGCUUUGUUCACAUGUGUAAUGUGAGGCUAAAUAAAGAUUGAUUUAAUGUUUAUCAAACCUUUAUUACUUGUAAUUAUGCAAGCAGUUGGUUAGGAUACUAUUGGAAAUUAUCUUAUCUCUACUAUCAAUCAGACAAACUGUUGUUAAUGAAUUUUCAAAAUACCAUUAUUUAAAAAAAGAUUUAGAUCAUCAUGCGUUGUAUUCAAUAUUUUCCCUAAUUUAAAACAGAUAAGCAAGCCCUUUACAAAAUAUCUUGUUUUAUAUCUUUCUUUUUAUUUUAUUUUUUUGCAGUAACAAUAUCUAAAUAGUUUAUAAAAGUCAUAUAUUGUCAAUCAUGUAUCUAUUAAAAAUAUUGAGUGUCAACCUAAUAUUUGUGAAGGCAAUCAUUACAAGUAAAACACGUACUAUUCUAUUAUCAUUUCAUGAUUCUAUGAUAAAAAGAGGAAGAAUCUGGAUAAAUAUUCGUCACGGAUGAUGAAAAUGCGGAGUGGCGAUA